CCUUCACCUUCAUCCAUACCUCCCCUCAGACCCUCCCUUCAGCCAUGAACUUCCUUGCCCGCUCCGCUCGCGCUGUCCGCCCUGUGCGCAUGGUCCGCUCCUAUGCCACCGAAGCCGCUGCCACCGGUCUUCGUCUGACCUUUGCCGUCCCCCACCAGGUCCUGUACAAGGACGCCUCGGUUGCUCAGGUCAACAUCGCCGCCGUUUCCGGUGACAUGGGUAUUCUUGCCAGCCACGUCUCCUCGAUCGAGGAGCUCCGUCCCGGUGUUGUCGAGGUCAUCGAGGGCGCUGCCACCAAGAAGUUCUUUGUCUCUGGAGGUUUCGCCACCAUGAACCCUGACUCGACCCUCAACAUCAACGCCGUCGAGGCUUUCCCCGUCGAGGAAUUCAGCCCCGAGGCCAUCCGCAACAACCUUGCUGAGGCCCACCGUCUCGUCAACUCGGGCGCUACCGAGGAGGAGAAGCUCGCUGCCAAGAUCGAGGUUGAGGUUCUUGAGUCCCUUCAGGCUGCCGUCAACGCCAAGUAA